AUGCUCCUGGUGCAUGCAGUGGUGACAAAGCCUCCAUACGAGAUCACGGAGACGGGCUGGGGAGAGUUUGAAGUCAUCAUCAAAAUCUACUUCAACGACCCCAACGAGAGACCGGUCACAUUGUACCAUUUCCUGAAGCUAUUCCAGACAGACACCAACAUCAUGCUUGGGAAGAAGACACUGGUGUCAGAACAUCAUGAAGAGUUGAUCUUCCAGGACCCGACUCAGAUGAUGCAGACGAUGUUGAACAGCACAAGACAGAUCACCCUUGGGCCCUGGAAACACGAGACAGACUUUGCCGAACGGGAACAAAAGACACUGGAGAAGAUCGGGAAUGCCAGAAAAAAGAUUAGACUAGAAAUCGCCGACUUGAAGGAAAGGCUCAAGGGCAACAAACAGACCAUCCAGAUGUUUAAGGAAGAAAUCAGAAAGUUGGAAGAAACAGAGCAAGUUGAAACAGAGACGUGA